UUUGCAGCCACUCUUCGGUUUGGUCAACGCCACGUGCAAAUUCUUCUACUCUUUACAGCUAUAGUAGUCAACUAUAUAGCCAAAUUUAAUGCCGGUGUAGCUGUGGUCGCCAUGACUAAUGCCGCUACUACAAAUCCCGACUUUCCAGAAUACAAAUGGAGUGAUGUGGAAAAAUCCUACAUCCUCUCGAGUUUCUUCUGGGGAAAUUUCAUCACACAGUUUCCUGGCGGUUAUCUCUGUCGGCGGCUUGGCGUCAAACGCACUCUCCUCAUAUCCACACUAGGAUCUUCGCUACUUGGGUUUCUACCUCCACUGUGCGUCAGCUGGGGUGGUUGGAGUAUCUACUGUGCUAUACGUGUCGUACAAGGUCUCUUCCAGGGCUUUUUAUUUCCCGGCAUACAUGCACAUCUGGCGACCUGGUGUCCGGUGAAUGAACGCAAUCGGUUGGGCGCUUUAGCCAAUACAGGCAUCGAAUGUGGUACGCUACUCUCGAUGUUUCUGAGUGGUGUAAUUGCUGCUUCCAGCAUAGGUUGGCCGGGCCUCUUUUAUGUAUCCAGCGCUUUGGGCUUAGUUUGGUGCGCUGCAUGGUCGUACCUAUCGACAAAUCAACCGAGUGAAUCUAAAUUUAUUACUUCAGCUGAACUCAAUUACAUUGACGCAUCGAAAAAUACCAACAAUCAACUAAAGGUGGAUGAAGUAAAACGUGAAUUGCCGGUGCCAUGGCGUGCUAUUUUGGCAUCGUUGCCCUUUUGGGCAUUGGUUGUUUCACGUGCAGCUCAGUCAUGGGGUUUCUCUACACUGCAGGCGGAAAUUCCAUCGUACAUGAAAGGUGUACUAAAUAUGGAUAUGAAGAAGAAUGCUCUCUAUUCGGCGCUACCUUAUUUGGCCAUGUGGACCAUGUCCUAUGUGUAUCUCAUUGUAUCAGAUGUGCUGUUGAGUCGCAAAAUACUUUCCCUCACUGCAAUAAGGAAAACAUUCAAUACAUUGGCUUUUUGGAUACCUGCUGCUGGACUCAUAGGCAUUGGAUUUUUGGAAAAUGAACAGAAAUUGUUUGUUAUUAUCUUAAUGACGAUUAGUGUGGGUGUAAAUGCUGGUGCCACCAUUGGGAGUGCGUUGAACACAAUUGAUUUGUCGCCAAAUUAUGCGGGCAUUCUUAUGGGCGUCGUGAAUACCGUAGCAAACGUAAUACCUAUACUCACGCCACUGCUGGUCGGCCUGGUGGUGUCGAAUGAGCAUAGUCGCACACAAUGGCAAUUAGUGUUUAUAAUAGCUGCUGUAGUCUUAGCGUUGGGUAAUUUGUUCUACUUGGUUUUCGGUAAAAUGGAUUUACAGGCUUGGAACGACGAAAACUACCUGCAGAGCAAAGGAGCACAAAACAAGCAGCAGGAAAAGAACUCUGAUGGAAUUCAGUAUGUGCGAAAACCCUGUCAAUAAGAACUUGAACUGACCAUGAACCGAAUAAAAUAUUCGGUUUGAUAUCUAUUAACAACAACUGAUUAGAUGAAAAUAUGUAUUUACUUUUACUUAGGGAGGCGUAGUAAAUUGUUUUUGAGUGAGGAUACUUUGAAGUAAAUGAGUCAUAUUAUAUAUAAUAUUAUCAAGUAUGGGAGUAUUUUAUGUUCCCCUUCGGUAGUAGAUUAGGCUACGGUGUUUGCCACUCUCCGUUAGGCUGUAGGGGAGGCUCACUUAGGCCUGAAGGCCCAUGGUCAUACCAGCAGUUUGGGCUUAAGUUUUCUCUCUAAUUACAAAUGCGGUGAAACCACUUCGCCUCUUGAAUAAACAAUAAUUUACUGUGGAUGUAUGUCGAUUAAAAGUGUGUUAGCCGCCGAAAAAAGUAAGAGUUUAGAUACCGAUAUCGCGUUCUAAAGUGGGCGGCACAGGGUCAGAGGAAGCGUUCAAUGUUUUCAUUUCCUUCUCAUUUCUGCAGCUGUGACUGAAGUCGUUUGAGGGAAAUCCCAUACGUUUCCAAUUUUCCCCAUUAGGCAGUGCAAAGUGAUGAUAUCAACCACCGUACUAAUGGAACGCCAGAUUGAUGAGGCAGCUAGUUGUGUGCUCAUUCCUUUUAGGCCAAACCUGCCAUCUCAAUAAUUAUCUCUCAUGGGCCUCUAUGAUCUCUCUACUGUUGGCUUGUUGCGAUGUAGGCCGACCUGCUCUAAUACUUGCUUUAGAAUUAAGGUAUACCCACAUAUUGGGCAGGGGGAACUGAUUUAUGGUAAGUUCCGUUCCUGGCCAGCUCAUCUGCGAUGCAAUUUCCAAGAAUAUAUCUUUAUCUAGGAAUCUUGAAAAUGUUCGUGGUGCACCACUUCUGAAUCAAACCGCUGCAGUAUUCAAAGAGACCAGCAAUGUAGCGCAUAGAAGUCAAAUGCCACCCUUUUAAGAAUAACUCUAACUAGAAUAACCUUGAAUUGCUUCUUUUGAAGAAGUGUUAAUGCACUGUAGCGAUUUUAUGGCGGUUUGAUCAUACGAGUAGAUGGAACAUUGGUUGUGUUACAAGAGAAGAGUCCCUGACCCACAACAGAGCAUCUUUUAUUCCACAGUUUGGAAGAGGCUGCAGUAAUCAAGUAGCCGUAGACUUAAGUUUAGUUGCAGCACUUCUGAGUGAAUGCCCCUCCCGAUCCUAUUAUUUAAUGUUAAGCAGUCAGUGAAGAUAGCUGAAGUUAUAUGGUUGGAUAUAAAUCUGGGUCGUUACGGCAGCGUAGAUUCCACUCUUGGGAAUGGGAAUGGCUUGCUGUGGUAGUCAUAGCAUUCCUUGUUAGCGCAUUUGCUGCAUUAUAUUCUAAAAUACGCCGCUUGUUUAUCACUGUUAUUGAUAAUGUCGAUUGGAUAUUCUUCGUAUGCGGAAAUAUUGUAAA